AUGAUGAACACAACCACCGGCACCGGCGGCGGAGACGUUGACGGCAACGAACAACAACUCAUCAAAACCAUAACCACCAUGCUAACAAACCACCAAAACCCACAGCACCUUCAACCUUUCAUCCCUCACCUCACUCUCCCCAUCAUCAUCUCAAUCCUCUCAUGGAAGCCACUCCACUCUCAUCCACAAACCAUAGUUUCCUUCUUCAAAUGGUUCCAAACAAACGCACCUUCAACCCUCUCCGUUUCCCCCAAACCACUCCUCACUCUCCUCCCUCCUCUCCUCUCCCACCGCAAAUUCUCCGAUGCUAAAUCCCUCCUCCUCGAUUUCAUCUCCUCCCAUCAUCCUCGCCAUUCCCUUCACUCACGCCUCCUUCGCUCCGAUCAUUCCAUCCCUAAACUUGUCCUUGAUACUUCCAUAGCUGCUUAUGUUUUCUCACAACAACCUCAACUCGCUUUCGAUAUCUUCAAUAAAAUGAGACGCCUUCGUUUUCGACCGAAUUUGCUUACAUGCAACACUCUCCUUAAUACUCUUGUAAGGUCUAAUUCCUCUCAUUCUAUUCUUUUGCCAAGACAGGUUUUUCAGGAUUCAAUUAAACUUGGUGUUCAACCUAACACAAACGCGUUCAACAUUUUGAUUCAUGGUUAUUGUUCUAAUAAUAAUUUCAACGAGGAUUUUCGGUUGAUUAAUCAAAUGGGCGAGUUUAGUUGUUGUCCAGAUAAUGUUACUUAA